AUGGUUUCGAAACCCGUGCGAGUUGCUACUGCAGCAGCAAGAAAGGCGGCUGCACGCUUGCGUGCGGCCGCGGAAAGUGCCUCUUACACCUCAGCAGCAGGUGAUUCGUCGCUUGUUGUUGUUAAUCGUCCACGUGGUGAGUCACCACGGUCGACAGGUACAUCCGCUGCGUCUGCAGCGGGUACUGCGAAUCGUAAUAUAGAUGAGUCUGAAAUAGAGCUCAUCUAUUCUGGCGAGUCGGAUGAUGUAUCCGACUCGAAGGAGGCGCCUCCCGCCUCCGGAUAG